AUGAAGCUGUUCACGUCCAAGAAUGAUCAGAAUAGUUCGUGGCCUGAAUACUGUCUCUACAUGGUUGCAGUGAGCUACACGUGUAGAAAAGGCGCCAAAGCGCGGGUACUUGACAACAUAGUAUACUAUGCGUCCGCGGAUCUGUCGCCGGUGCUCAUAGCAAAGUUAAACGUAAACCUCAUCGGCUACUUGCGCGAAGCGGAGAUCAAGGAAACGCGCACGUGCCAUGACUGCAAGAAUCAGGGGUAUUUUACAGAUGGACUGCCGAUACAAGAAGAAGGAGAAAAGGACAAAGAAGACAACGAAGAUGUGCUACUGCUGGAAAUGAACAACAGCCGAGCAGAUGCGAGCACCGACUGGAUCCUUGACAGCGGUGCCAGCCGCCACAUCGUGAGUAACGAUCGUUUACUCAUCGACAGUAAGCAGUACAACGACGAGAUUUCUCUUGCUGUCAACACGAAGCUCGUGCUCACGAAGGUUGGACUGGCCCUCCUGUUUGUGACAGCACGCGGCGAGCAGCUUUAG